AUCCUCAAAAACGUCUAAGACAACACAAUGGCGAAAUUUCAGCGGGUGCUGAAAGGACUAAAGCAAAAAGACCCUGGAAGUUUGUUUUGAUCGUAUAUGGCUUUCCUAACAAAAAGGCUGCAUUACAGUUCGAAUGGGCGUGGCAACAUCCUUACCGCAGUAGGCAUUUGCAAAAAUGUAAUUACCGGAAAAAUGAAAACACAAUAAAGUCAAAGCUUCGCGUGCUCCAAGAAAUGUUAAGAGUUAAUGCUUUUAGCCGGUGGUCAUUGCAUUUGCACAUUGUAAUGCCUAUUAAAGAUUUGAUUGAAAUGGCAAGUCCUACUCAUUCGAUAUUUGAUUUAGGACAAUUGUCAAAGCACAUGAAAGUUACACAAGGACCUUUUGAAGAUUAUCAAAAAAAUUACGGUGAUAAAUACGCUUUCGCUUAUAUUAAUGGCCUUUCACGAG